AUGGGUAAUUUAAUAUAAAAAAAUCAAAUAUAAGAAGAAUAAGAGAGAUUAAAAGUUUAUUUAGAGUUAAAUUCAACUAAGAUAUUAUUAAACUAAAAUAUAUCAGGUAAAGUUCACUUUAAAGUUCCACAAUUUAUGUUAGGCAAUUUUGAUUUAAACUUAAAGGUAUAUAAGUAAUCCUAAUAAGAUUUAUGGUAUUGAAAAUGCUUACUAUCAUUUCAAAGAAAGAGAUAAUAGUGUCUAUAAGUAUAAUAUUAAGGAUCACUAGUUCUUUCAUAAAACAAUAAACUUGUUUAAAAAUGCAAUGUAACAUAUAUUUAUAACUAUAGUAUUAACGAACUUGAUGAAUAUUGGUUUGUUGAGUUUGAUUGGAAUCCAGAAGUUUAAAUACCAUCUCUUGAUUACUAAAAUGGUUCUGAUUUUAAAUGUUCUCGAGAAUAUAUCUUAGAAGCUGAAUUGCUUUGUAAAAAUUCUAAGAGAAAGACAAUUCUUGAAUAGUGUAGAUAAAGAGUCUUAUUUUAUAUUGACACUGAUGAAUUAAAAGAAGAAGGAAAAAAGAAUAAACUUAAAAAUUUUUAGGGUCAAGUUGAUGAAGAUAAAAAUCAGAAAAUAGAAGCAAUAACUACCUAUAAAUGGUUAAGAUAAAAAAAAGGAGUAAUAAUUCUAUUCAAAUUUAGUUAGUUUUUGCAUCAUUUGAGGCUGAUAAAUGCAUAUACUUUAAUAAUGAUAAUUUAUUUGUUAAAGCUGAUGUUGAUAAUACUUUUGGGCAUUUAUAGAUUAAGUCAGCUAAAAUAUUAUUUUAUUUGGAAUUUAUAAUAAAAGAAAAAAUAUUAUAAGGAAUGCCAAAAAUAUUAUUAUGUGAAGAGAAUUUAUAAAAAAUAGAUUAAUUUGUUUAUUAGGGAUAAAUGAAUUUUACAAUUACUAAACAGUUAAAUUUGCCUUAUUAAUCAGUUUCUGAAAGAAUUGGUUGUAGAUAUAUAAUAGUUUUAUAAUUGAUUUUUGAAUGUAAAAAUAUUCUUAAUUAAAAGAGUAAUGUUUAGGAUCAGGAGUUGAUAAUGUUGAAUUCAUACUUCCAUACAUGAAUUAUUUUAGAGAUAAUAGUGACAAUAUUGAACCAGAAUUAGAGAGCAAGACAGAAAUAAAAAAUAUAGAAAGAAAAAAUAAAUUAAUGAAUGUAAAAUAAGAAUUAGUUUCUGAAAAGCGAACUAACUUAAUUAAAGAUUAAGAAUUUUUAAAUAAUAAAGAAACAAGAGUUGCUCAAUUAACUUAGGUUUUACAUAUUAAAUGA